GCGCCUUCUCAGUUGGCACGGCUCGUCCCUCACGCCGCGUGUCCCACUCAAAACACCAGGUCUUGCACAACCCGCGCCCUCAGUUUCCUCUCCCAAUCUUUGACCUUUUCUUUAUCCAAGACUGUCGCUCAAACACAAAAUGGGAGACAAACCAAAGGACCCAGUUGCUGAAGAGAUACGUUCAAUCCUGAGCCGCCGAGUUUCAGGAUACGAGUUACUUCUGCUAGACUACGUGACACCUCUCCUCCACAAAGAGCUACUAGAUGCGACUAAGCAGAACGAAGAAAUCCUUCAGCGGCCUGAUCCCACUACCCCACAACAGCAACGUGCUGCCCUCCAACAACUCGGACAUCUCGACAACCUAGAUGAGCAGAUUUCGGAACAUUGGAAGGAUCUGCACAGGGGCAUUGUCCCCCGGACCGCCCUUUUUGGCAAUCUCAUAGGAUACCAAUGGUUCUUGGCAAAAUCAAUCAUACUAGAUUACGCAGGACACUCACAGCGAGAGAUUAAUAUGGACUCUUGGGUAUCUAGGAGGAUUGAGGAGCUGGAUCUUCCCCAGAAAACCGGGGGGGAGAGCAAGAACGACAGGGAUUCCCGAAUAUAUCAACAAACAAUCGCUACUCCUAUCAAGGAGCUGAUGCUAGACCAAGGGCACGUCGAGAAAAGAAUCAGGCUCGCCGCAGCUGAGCCAUAUCCAACCGGCCAGAUCUACCGCCUGAUUGACGAAUGUGACUGGUCGACACUGGCAAUGAUGCUGUCUCGCGACCGGGAGCUUGCCGUCACCCUGUACAGCGGGAAACCGCUGGACCCGAAGUCAUAUGACGACAACAUCGCUAAGAUUGUCCUCCGGGAAAUGGACGAAGUAAGGGACAGGUAUUUCACAGAACUCUCCAGCCCGUCCACCUAUACCACGAGCAAGCACGCACAAGAACGAUCGGCCAGGAAGGAAGCCGGUCUGCCACUCGAGCCGGUAACAAGGAGGCGCCAAGAGGGGGACUGGGUCUCGGCGGCUGCCAAGGGUAUCUUCAACAAGGUCGUCAGCAGCCUUGGGCUUGGGGCGGGCGCGAGGCCCGGACCGAGCGUCUACCCCAGCCCCUCAGGUGAUUCUUCCAGACCGAGCAUCGAUUCGACAACUCAUCUGCUUUCUUCGAAGGACCGGCAAGACUGAACGCACGUUUCUUCUCCGGGGAUAUGGUCUUUGACUUGCUCAAGGCUAAAGAUUAAGCCGCCGUGACUCCAGAUUAUAAAGGGUGUCAACUCAGUCGUACUGAUGAUGAUGAUCGCGAGCAGGUGGGCUUGAUCAGUGGUUUUGUUUCUGAUACCCAUACCUAUAGUACAUACAUGACGCUUUCAUACAAUGGUAAACGCUCAUGACACCGCCUUUAAAAAAUAUAUGGUGUCUAUAAGAAUGAUUAAAUUCGAUGGGUGAAAC